AUGUCUGCUAUACUUGGAACUUUUAAAAUACCAGAAAUUCAUAACGAACCAUUGAGGAAUUAUCAACCUGGUAGUGUUGAUCGAGCUAAGCUUAUUGAAGCUUUAGAUGAAUUAAAGUCUCAGGUUCCAAUAGAAAUUCCUCAUUUUACUGGCCAUAUUCAAGAACAGAGAAUUCCAACAGAUCAUGCUACAGUAUUAGCAAAAACUCAUGAAGCAAAUCCAGAACUUAUAAAUCAAGCAAUUGAGGGUGCACUGAUAGCCAAAAAAAACACUUGGGAAACUUUAUCAUUUACUGAUCGAGCUGCUAUAUUCUUAAAAGCUGCUGAUUUAGUUGCUAAUAAAUACAGAUAUAAACUAAUGGCUGCUACUAUGCUUGGUCAGGGUAAAAAUGCAUGGCAAGCAGAAAUAGAUGCAGCAGCAGAGUUAAUUGAUUUUUGGAGAUUUAAUUGUCAAUAUGCACAAGAAAUAUAUCAACAACAACCACCUAAAAAUUCACCAGGAGUAUGGAACAGAUUAGAGUAUAGACCACUGGAGGGAUUUGUUUAUGCUGUUACACCAUUUAAUUUCACUGCAAUUGGUGCUAAUCUUGCAGGUGCACCAGCUCUAAUGGGUAAUGUUGUACUCUGGAAACCUUCCCCAAAUGCCGUUUUAUCAAAUUGGAUAGUAUUGGAAAUACUUAGAGAAGCAGGACUUCCUGAUGGUGUCAUACAAUGGAUUCCUGGCCAACCAGUGGAAAUUACUCAACAAGUACUGAAAUCACCAGAGUUUGCUUCAUUACAUUUCACUGGAUCAACUUUGGUUUUUAAACACUUGUGGAAGGAAAUUGGUAAUAAUAUUGACAUUUAUAAGUCAUAUCCAAGGAUCGUUGGUGAGACUGGUGGUAAAAAUUAUCAUUUGGUGCAUAAGUCAGCAAAUGUUCCAAAUGCUGUCCAUCAGACAAUUCGUGCAGCUUUUGAAUAUCAAGGUCAAAAAUGUUCAGCUUGCUCUCGUGCUUAUAUACCUGACACUUUAUGGGAACAGUUUAGCAAAUUGUUGUUAAGUGAAAUUGAUAAAAUCAAAGUCGGUCCUGUUGAAGAUUUUACAAAUUUUAUGAGUGCUGUCAUACACAAAAAUUCAUUUGAAAAAAUUAAGGGUUACAUCGAAGGGUCAAAACUAAAUCCAGAAAAUGAGAUUAUAAAAGGUGGAACAUAUAAUGACUCAAAAGGUUAUUAUAUUCAUCCAACAGUAAUUCUGACUAAAAAUCCAAAAAGUCCAACCAUGGUCGAAGAAAUUUUUGGACCUGUACUUACUAUUUAUGUGUAUAAAUCAGAUGAAUAUGAACAAAUACUUGAUUUAGCAAAUGAAACGACUGGCUAUGCUUUAACAGGGGCAAUAUUUGCACAAGAUCGUUCGGCGAUAGCAAAAGCAGAAAAUAAAUUACGGUAUGCAUCAGGUAAUUUCUAUAUUAAUGAUAAGGCUACCGGUGCCAUAGUGGGCCAACAACCUUUUGGUGGUGCUCGUGGAUCUGGAACAAAUGAUAAAGCUGGAAGUCUCACUUUG